AACGUAAUGAACACGUCAUUAACUUUUGAGGUGCUACUUUAUUUGAAUUCAUAUUACUUUGGAUUAUUUGCCGUUUGUGAAGUAGGAAUGAACAUCGUGAAAUAUGUUAACUUCAGCAGUGAACAUCAUUUCUCUACAGACUUUGGUAUAUUAAUGGCUGUGUGUGUAAUAGAGGUGUUCAGGGUUAUAUUAGCAAGAAGAGGAAACCUUACGGAAAAAAAUUGGCCGGUCGUAUUAGCAAUAAUGUUGACAAUCCCAUCAGUGCUCGGUGUGGUUUAUUUGAUGAUUUGGCAAAGCGAAGUUUUAAGAUUUGAAUACAUAAUUUGUACCAUCCAACUAGGAUUGUGCGUUUUAGAGAUCAUUACGGGUAUUUUAUGUCUUUUCCCAUGUUGUAAAGCUCCAGAGUACUAUUAAGAUAGUUAAGA